AUGGGCGUGUGUCUCCGUGUCGGCGUCGUGCGGCCCAAGAAGCCCAAUUCCGGAGAGCGCAAGACGGCGCGUGUCAAGCUCUCGUCGGGGGCCGUCGUCACGGCGUACAUCCCCGGCGAGGGGCACAACAUCCAGCAGCACAGCGUGGUGCUGGUGAGGGGCGGCAGGGCGCAGGAUUGUCCUGGUGUGCGGUAUCAUUUGGUUAGAGGAGCUUUGGAUCUGGGCGGUGUUGCGAGCAGGACGACGAGUAGGAGUAAAUAUGGUACCAAGAAGCCCAAGAAGGCCACCGUGGGUUGA